AUGGCCUGGAGGCAAACGCUUUGCGUGCCUUGCUGUUUGUUCUCUUUGCAACUCCACUUCAUCACGCCCCGUCUUCAUGUGCGCAUUCACACACACACACACAUCCAACACACACUCGUGCACACUGUUACUGGGCGAACAUGCCUUCAUAAUGAAAGAGUCUACUUUUCUGGCAGAUGCUUCCUCUUUUUCAAUGUGGGCUGCCAGGCGGCUCGAAGCUUUAUUCUUCCAAAAUCCUCACAAGCAGGUACCCAUUUGCAGAUGCGCUAUUAUUUACUGCCUUGGGAGUCGGAUCGAUCAGCUGAGGCUUCCGCCCUCGUCUCGGGCGAGAGCCCAUUCGUUGCUCCAGCUUGUCCCGUCUGGAGUGUCUGGCUGGUGCAUGUCUUUCCCAGUCCUCCAGUUCUCGACUUGAAGGCUAGAAGACCAUCUUGA